AUGUUCUAUUCGUUUAUCAUUUUAAUAAUUCUUAUCACAGUAGAUUGGUCUUUUGGACAAAAAUGCAAUCGAGAACGAAUACAUAGAUGGAAUGCUGAACAAAGACUUAUUUGUGAUUUACUUGAUAAUUAUCAAGUUAGAUGGGGUCGACCUGUCAGGAAUACGAGUGAAGGUGUGGAAGUACGAUUUGGUUUACAACUUAUUCAUAUAAGUGACCUUGAUGAAAAAAAUCAAGUGUUAAUCACAAAUCAGUGGCAAAUUUAUGAAUGGGAAGACGAAGCAUUAACAUGGGAUCCAGAAGAUUAUGAUAAUCUUAUGGAUAUACGUUUACCAAUAAAACGUAUUUGGCAACCAGAUGUGACAUUAUAUAACUAUGCUGAUACACGUCUUGAAGAAAAACGAGAAGUAUUGGCAAUUGUUUAUCAUAAUGGAACAGUUUUUUGGAAACCAAUGUCAAUUUUUAAAUCAACAUGUCAAAUCGAUAUUCGACGUUUUCCAUAUGAUCGUCAAAAUUGUUCAAUGAAAUUUGGUACAUGGACAUAUGAUAGUUCGAAAGUAAAUUUAAAAUUUUAUCGUAAUAUACAAAAAUUUGAUCUUAAUUCAUAUGUUAAAUCCAAUGAAUGGUCUAUUAUUGGAAAUAGUGCAUCACGUUAUACAGAAAAAUAUGAUUGUUGUCCAGAAAUUUAUGUUGAUUUAAAAUUUUAUAUUAAUCUUGAACGACGUGGUGGUUUUUAUAAUUAUAUUUUAAUAUUACCCUGUGUAUUAUUAUCUUGUUUAACAUGUAUUCUUUUUUGGUUACCUCCGGAAAGUCCAUCAAAAUUAGUACUUGGAAUGAAUAUUUUUACAUCGUUUUUUGUCUUGUUACUUCUAUUAUAUAAAAAUAUGCCAUCAAAUGCUGAACACAUUCCACGUAUAGGCGCAUAUUAUUGUUUAAACAUGGGAAUGAUUGCUACAUCAACAUUUUUAUGUACAAUUGUUGUUCAUAUUUAUUUUCGUGGCAAUGGACCUAUGCCAACUAUAUUAAGAAAAGUUUUUCUUGAAUGGCUUGCAACAUGUUUUUGUAUGGUACCACAUACAGCUGCACAUGAACAAUUUGUAACUCAUAGUUCAAUACCACCAAUAAAAGCGACGUGUGAUGGUGAUAAAUUUGAAAAAUUUGAAUUACUUAAAGAACGUUUUAAAUCAUUUGGUGAUAGACAUAUAUUAACAACAAACGAUGAUUUAGAUAAUGAAAUAUUAGAAAUAAAUCAUGAUUAUGAACAUGAACAGCAAACCGAUGAUAUUUUAACACAACAAAUUCAACAACAAAUAACAGCAUCACUUGCAUUUAUGACUGUUGAAACUGAUUUAAAAGAAAUAAGAAAUUUUUUACGUAUAACAAGAAAACGUAUGGAAGAUAAAGAAGCAAAAGCUAAAACUGUUAAUGAUUGGAAACAAGUUGCACUUGUACUUGAUCGAACAUUUUUUUUCAUUUAUUUGACUGCUAUUAUCAUUUCUCUUGCUGCUAUGUUUCCUAGAUAG